UUACAUCCGGAAUAGAGACUGCUGUCCUCAAGCAGACAGCUACAACAAAAUGGCGUCGCAGCUGAGCCGGGUUUGGUCCGGUUUGUGCCGGGCUCGGAUAAAUUCGGCCCAUUUGCGGCGCGCGGUGUCUCAGAGCCGGACCUCCAGCGCCGCCGGAGCCGCGAGCGUGACGGAUUUACAGCCGGCGGCGCACGCGGACGACAGCCACGGACACGCAGAGGUCAACCCGUUCGACAAGAACCCAGACUACCAUGGCUUCUCAGACGACCCUUUCAUAGACGAGUGGAACAUGAGGCUGGCUUUUUUCUUCAGCAUUUCCAUGGCCAUCGUCAUCGGGGGAACUUUCAUCCACUAUUUACCGGAUCACGGCAUGAGGCAGUGGGCUCGACGGGAAGCCGAGCGGCUCGUCGUACUGAGAGAGGCUCAGGGUCUGCCUCUGAUCGACGAGAACUACUACGACCCGAGCAAGAUCGUCCUCCCUUCGUCCUCAGACGAGUAAACAACGACCGAUCACUUUCACUCAAUUUCCUGUUCAUUUGUGUUCGACUGUAUAUUUAAUUCUAGUGAAAUAUCACAAUAAAACCGUAUGUUAUUA